GGGAAGGGUCAGCUUUGGAAUACGCAGCGCUUGGCGAGCUGGGAGCUUGUCAACUCAUGUUUAACCUGUAAACCGAGAACCUGAUAACCAGAGCGAGAGUGAAGAAAGAAAGAGAGAGAGAGAAAGGGAGAGCGAGAAACAGAAGGAGGGGUGGGCUGGGGGCGCCUGCGAGUCUGUCGUUUCAAGUCCUGCCCCUGUUGCUUGAGCUCUCUUAAUAAAUUUCAGUAGUUCGCUUGGCUGCGCUGCGGCUGGCUGGCUGCGCGCAUACGCGCGCCCUCACACACACGCGCGCGCGCUCACGAGUGUUGCUGCUUGGUUUCAUGGAGUUUGCUGCCGACUAAUUGGCUUGGCAUUUACCGUUUGUAUUGUGUUCAAGUUAUGGGAUAAUCCAGGUGGUUUCCCAGUUUUUGCUAACCACCUAUAGAAGCAGUGUUCGUUGAACUGAAAGAAAAGAGAGGCAGUAAAACGUAGCUGAUACACUCUGUGGAAGUAGUUUCAGAAACUCGCUGUAGUUUGUGUGGGUUAGUCGCAGAUUUUUAAACCCCGUGUUACUGAUACACUCUGCCAGAAGUUGCGUCAUUGCAUUUCUCACCGGAGCAUCUCACGAGUGGACUGUUGUGGACGACUUACGUGGUGCAGGCGAUGGUGCAGCAGACGGCGAAAUGAUGGCAGCUGCCCUGUGCCAGGUGUCUAAUUCCUGUGUCCCUGCUACAAACUAUGAACUGCCUCCAAGUAAUGAUGUCACAGUGAAGCAUGCAGACACAAUGGGAUCCUCAAAGUCAUCAAAGAGUAUGGAGUCCCGUCGUAGACCUUCAAGAAGUUUGAGUUUAAUUCAGUCUGUGGAAGAGAACUAUGACGUGGACCUUGUAUACAUCACAGAACGCAUUAUUUCAGUUUCAUACCCGAGCAAUGCAGAAGAGCAAAAUUAUCAGGCCAAUCUCAAAGAGGUUGCACUGAUGCUGAGAUCCAAGCAUGGGGAAAACUACUUGCUCUUUAACCUUAGUGAAAAACGCUGUGACAUCACUAAACUCAACCCAAAGGUUUUGGAUUUUGGCUGGCCUUAUAAUCAUGCACCUGCACUUGACAAGAUCUGCAGCAUAUGUAAAGCCAUGGACACUUGGUUGAACACUGAUCCACAUAAUGUAGUUGUGUUGCACAACAAGGGUAAUCGUGGAAGGACCGGGGUGGUUGUUGCUGCUUAUAUGCACUAUAGCAAUAUUUCAGCAAGUGCUGACCAAGCUUUGGAUAGGUUUGCCAUGAAGAGGUAUUAUGAAGAUAAAGUUUUACCUGUAAGCCAGCCUUCUCAGAAAAGGUAUGUGCAGUAUUUCAGUGGUUUGCUAUCAGGAGUCAUCAAGAUUAACAACAAACCCUUGUUUUUACAUCAUGUCAUCAUGCACGGAAUCCCAAAUUUUGAAUCCAAAGGAGGUUGCCGCCCUUUCCUCAAGAUUUACCAGGCAAUGCAGCCAGUCUACACAUCUGGAAUCUACAAUGUCCAAGGAGACAGCCAAACCAGCAUCUGUAUCACCAUUGAACCAGGGCUGCUACUUAAAGGAGACAUUCUGUUAAAGUGUUACCACAAACGGUUCCGUAGCCCAACACGGGAUGUCAUCUUCCGAGUCCAGUUCCACACAUGUGCCAUCCAUGACCUAGGAGUUGUUUUUGGCAAAGAUGAGCUAGAUGAAACUUUCAAAGAUGAAAGAUUUCCUGAAUAUGGAAAAGUUGAGUUUGUUUUUUCAUAUGGACCAGAGAAAAUUCAAGGCAUGGACCACCUAGAAAAUGGCCCCAGUGUUUCUGUGGAUUAUAAUACACAAGACCCGCUAAUUCGUUGGGACUCGUAUGAAAAUUUCAAUCAACGUUGUGAAGACUCAAUGGAGGAAGUUGUCCACACACAAGGCCCAUUAGACGGGAGUCUAUAUGCUAAAGUUCGUAAGAAGGAGUCUGGUUGUGAAGGAGUAGUAACUGGCAACGGGCUUCCAGCUGUCGAUCACGCUUUGUCUGUCAGCAGUGACUCUGGAAACUCAACAGCUUCCAUUAAAACAGACCGGACCGAUGAUCCUGGGCAGCAGAUAUCCACAGUUACUCAGCCUCUGAGUCCAGAGGAAAAGAAAAAGCUAGAUCAGCUCCUGAGUGGCUUGGAGGAGCCCAUGCAUCAACAGGCUUACCUGACUACUUCAUCAGGGGGAGGUGCAGGAGGAAUUCGUCAUCUAGUGCCUGCACAAGUACACGUCAAUGGACACAGCAUUGAACGGGAAACUGAUAUCCUUGAUGAUGAGUUGCCAAAUAGUCAAGAGGCAAACAGUGUUGAUAGUCUUGGAACACUGUCAUCAUUUGAAGGCAGGGCAACUCCAGCAGACCUUUACUAUCAAAAUGAAACAGUCAUUAAUGGACACGAGGAUGCAUGUAUAGAUAAAAGUAUGUUAGAAAAGGCUGCUGAAUUGCCUGGACAUCGCAUUCGUUGCUCAUCAUCAGUACAGGAACACAUUAUGGACUCAUCUUUGGGUUCAACACCAAGCAACACCGAGAUCCAGAAUGGUGGCAUUUAUAGAUCACAAUCAUUUGGCUCUGCUAGCAUUCCAGUGUAUACUUCUGCACCUAAGCUAAUGCCUAGAGCUCCUGUUAGAAGCACAAGUAGCAGAGAUGCAGUACAAAGAGGGCUCAAUGUCUGGCAAUACCAAGAACAACCAGAGAGAAUGCCCCCUGAUGGAAAUCACCUAAGCCCAGCUUUACAGAGCCAUAGUCUCCCAGAGUUUCCACACACGACUUCUCAACAGGAAAUUGAGCAGUCUAUUGAGGCUCUCAAUAUGUUAAUGCUUGAUCUAGACCCUGCUUUAACACAGGUGUCAAAGUCCUCCAGUACCCCUUUGUCUUCUGCCUCUCUAACCAGAGGAGAGAAUAGUGUUGUCACUACUCAGCCAGGUACUUUCUCUUAUACACAGUCCAAACCACAGUAUGGAUUCAUUGCUGAUACCUCAGCGCCAGCUUAUUCAGCGGAUCCUGCUUACUCGACAACAACAAAGAAUACCAUAGUAGAUGGUCUGCAGACGCCAAUUAACAUUAACAAAAUGGAACCAAUUUUAUCCUAUACAUCUGAUUCUCCUGUCAUAAUUGGACAAGCUCAGCAAAAAUCUUUCACUGCCUACCCAGCAAAUGUGGUGUCUAAGGCCUAUUCACCAGAUGUCUCGGCUACAGGCAGUCAGAAUUUACAGAGGUCUGUAAAUAGUUUUACAGCAAGCCCAUCUGUUAUUACAUACAGAACAGAACCAGGGAGUGCUUUCAGUCAGAUGCAACAAAGACCCAGCAACUCUUUCCAGUCACCUUCACCAUUCUCUUCAGAGAGCACUGCCACAGCUGUGCCACUACAACUAAGGCCCCUUAAUACUUACCCUCCAAACAUACCUCAGACUUACUCUCCUGAACUUCAAGAUCAUGACUAUAAUAUUUCAUCUCCACUUGGUCAUGCUUACAAUACAAGUGGAGGUAGUGCAACUCCAUCACCUCUCCCACCUCUUGGCAUUCAACCUUCAGAUGAAGUCAAGUCUUCAGAGCCAGACGAGGAACAUUACAAUCUUGAAGGGCUUGUGGCUCAUCGUGUGGCUGAAUACAACGCUCGGAUCAGGGGCAUCUGGCAAAGUAUGAACUCACCACCCUCCCUGCAGCGUCUUCGCUCUUACUCCUUCUCUGGUGUACAAUCACAUGGAAGUUCAGGCGAUGGACCUGCUCCAAUUAGACGUCGAACAACCAGUGAAGGCCAGUAUGACAAUAGUCAAGAUGCAGGAUCAGGCCAAGGAACCACAGUCCGGUCCCCAAUUCGUUGUGUCUCUCCCGAAGUGGUGAAUACCAUAGCAGCCAACCCAGGGGGCCGACCAAAAGAGCCACACAUGCAUAGCUACCGAGAAGCAUUUGAAGAAAUGGAUGGAUCUCCCCGAAGCCCAACAUCUAGUAGUGGUGGUGAGGUUCUUCCCCAAACCCCUGCUUUUCCUGUGUCUCCACAGACACCCUACUACAACAUAAGUCGGUCACCUCCAGGAUUGGCAAAAACUCCUCUCUCAGCCCUUGGCCUUAAACCUCAUAAUCCAGCAGAUAUCCUUCUUCAGCAGUCUGGACCAGAGCCCAGGAGUUAUGUAGAGUCAGUGGCCCGAACAGCUACAGCAAGUGGAAGUGGUCAGCUUGCUUCUCCAGUGUCAUCUGGUUAUGGCUUGGACAGCCCUAGCAGAUCUGUAACACAAACCCAGUCCUUCUCCCCUCCUUUGACAACAAGUAGUCCUAUCCACGGCAUAGACGGAAGUUACCCCUCAGCUGAUUCCAGUGCACAAAUUGCUAUGCAGACUCACCCAGUGACUGAGACAAAUUUUUACACUCAACCCACAGAAACUGCAUACCGCACAGCAAAUCCUUCUUUUUCAGGACCUCCUGGUGUUACAAGCAGCUACAGUAGCACUGACUACAGCCCAUACCAUCCUGAAGGUUCUCAAGUUAGCAUCAUGGCAGUUCAUGCAGUGCCUGGGAGUCCACACACCCUUCACCGAACAGUGGCUACCAAUACACCACCAAGCCCAGCUCUUGCUAGAAGGGUGAUAAACCAAGAUAGCCCAAAUAUGUCUCGUCACAUGGUUGUUGCAAAUGGAAGUGAGCCUGGAACUCCUAAUAGCCCAGUUCUUGGCAGGCAUCCUUUGGUAAAUCAGAUGACCCCUGGGAGUCCAAGUAUGGAGCGACACAACAUGUAUAACUAUUCAAGCCCUGAAGACAGGCAUGUCACAUUAUCGAGACAAAGCAGUUCAUCAGGAUAUCAUCCUCCUUCUACACCUUCAUUUCCUGUCUCCCCUGCUGGUUUUGAAACUUCUGCACAACGACAGGGUAGUCCAACUCAACCUGUACUCCCAGAAAAAAGGCGGAUGUCUAGUAGCGAACGCCCCAAUGGUGUGCUAUCUUAUGGAACUUUAAAUGGGAAGACAUCUUCACCUGUUUCAAGUGGAGGCAGUACACCAAAUACCUCUUUUUCUCACACUCUUCCAGACUUCUCCAAAUUUGCAAUGUAUGAUGGAAGUCCUGAGACACGAGCCAAUGUGAAGUUUGUGCAAGAUACAUCCAAAUAUUGGUAUAAACCUGAAAUUACUCGAGAACAAGCUAUUGGUUUAUUACGGGACAGGGAGCCUGGAGCCUUCGUAAUUCGGGACAGCCACUCUUUCCGUGGUGCCUAUGGUUUGGCUAUGAAGGUAGCCUCCCCACCCCCUACAGUUGUGCAGCAAAACAAAAAAGCAGGUGACAUGACUAAUGAGUUAGUACGACACUUCCUGAUAGAAACAAGUCCUAAAGGAGUGAAGCUGAAAGGGUGUUCAAAUGAACCAUACUUUGGUUCUCUUUCUGCAUUGGUGUAUCAACAUUCUAUCACGCCACUUGCUCUGCCUUGUAAACUUGUAAUCCCAGCCCGAGAUCCUAAUGAUGAAAUCCCAGAAAUAUCAACUCCUACAACCACAGCUCCAGAGAUUAUUAAACAAGGAGCAGCUUGUAAUGUGCUCUAUGUAAACUCUGUUGACAUGGAGUCACUUACAGGCCCCCAGGCUAUUGCCAAAGCCAUCACUGAAACACUUGGUGCAAAUCCUCCACCUACCGCUACCAUUGUGCACUUCAAGGUGUCCACCCAAGGAAUCACCCUUACUGACAACCAGAGGAAGCUUUUCUUCCGUCGUCACUAUCCAAUAAACAGCAUCACAUUUUGUGAUCUGGAUCCACAAGAGAGGAGAUGGGCCAAAGUAGACGGAGGCACAUCAAAAUUCUUUGGUUUUGUGGCCCGUAAACAAGGAAGCACAACAGAUAAUGUUAGUCACCUAUUUGCUGAGAUGGAUCCAGAACAACCUGCCACAGCCAUAGUCAACUUUGUCUCCAAAGUGAUGGGCAGCUCUCAGAAACGAUGAGCUCUUCUAAGUAAAUGUAUUUUCAUGAGUCUGAAGUUUUUUUGUUUUGUUUUGUUUUUUCUUGUUUUUUGUCUUUCGUUCCUGUUUUUAAAGCUCUUUGAAGGACUUGGAGUUGAUCUGAGAUGGAGACAGAGAAUGUGCAUCAUGGGAUAGUGGCUGUGGCUAUUGUGGUUGUGAGGAAUGGUCUUGAAUCAAAUUGUGAUAAUGUUGGGGAAGAUCUUUAAAAGAAAUGUUCAAAGCAAAGUCGACUGAAAAGUAUACUGAAAUCUAAACAGCUUUUGGAAUGAUUCAUUGAAAUGUAAGAACUUUAAACUACCAGCAGAAAUGUGGCAAGUGUUUGUUGGAUGUUUAUUUUUGUGUUUUUUGUUUUUGAGUCUCUUCUUUGGUUGUGAAUUUACAUGUGAAACAAAUGAUUGUAAAAAUUAGAUUAGUCUGCAAUUUAUUUCACUUUGUUUUUAUGUCAAAGAAAUAUUAGUUGCAUCCACUCCUUAUACAGAGACAACUCAAGAAUUGUAUGUUUGGUACAUCAUCAUAAAUAUGUUUCAUUCCAGAAUCCUGGAUAUUUUCUACUUGUCUUUUGUAAAGAGUGGAUGAUAAAGGGGCUAUUAUGCACAAAUGCUUCCACUGCUUCUGCUGUGGUAGUCUGUAUCAGUAGUGGAUACAAGUGAAAAAAACGUUCUUUACAAUUACUCCUUAUUGCAUAUUUUGAUGAAAAUCCAUGAGAUUCAUAUUAAAAGUCACUCCUAAAGUAUGUAGAUUUCAGUUAAAUGCAGGCCAGUUACAGUGCCUACAGUGACACAGACCAUCUGCAUCAAGCACUGCUUUGCGGUUUUGGAGAGGACAAUGUUCAAAUGACUUUCUGCUUCGAACAGACACAUACAAACUAUCUUAAUGCACUCAUACAUAUAAAAAAAUGUUCAUUUAAACUGCUUUGUCUUUAAUGAAAUGCACUGAGCCUAUGCACAUCCUACAUGUAAGAUUUGAUGUAUGAAAGGCACACCAAGCAAUAUGUUUGAAUUUAUUAAAGGUAUUUUUUUUCCUCCUGGACUUAAUCAAUAGAAGUGAAUCUCCACAAUAAAAGAAAAAGAAAACAAAUUGCAUACUGAAAAAAAUUAUAUAAUGUCUCCAUUAUAUGUCCUUGUGUUCGGUAGAAGUGUUUGUGACAAAUUAUGCCACUCCACUUGAAAGUAGUGAACCUCAAAUAAACAACUUGAUACUGUAUAAAGAUUUACCUGAGUAACUACAGAAUUGUAAUAUGUAUGAAAAUAUUUUAAAAAUCUCAUAAAUUAUUAAAUUAUUUUUACACCUAAAGUUAUAUUAAAAAAAAGAAAAAAACACUCUUACCUAUUCUUUCUUAAAUAAAGCCGUAUUCAGUAAGCACAACAUUUUCUUAUUAUCCAAAAUGGAUGUUUCUGGCAUAAACAAAUAUUUCCAUUGAUUUACAGUACAUCUUGGAUGUGUAAAGAUGACUGAAGUAAUGACAGCAGUGAUGUUUUUUCUCCACUAGACUUUUUGACCAGUUGGGCUGUUUCAUUAUCCAUUCACUGUGCCCAGUACUAAACAAAGACUAAAGUAUUCUUCAUAAAGUAUAUAAUCGGACAUCAAUAUAGUGGAAUUUGGCUCUGAAAUGAAACUUGCAUGAAGUUUUUAUGGUAAACUUGAAACCGCAUGAAAUUAACCAUUCCAUAGCCAUUUUUUCCCCAUACCCUCCAAUUCUCCUUUUCAUUUUGCUAUAAUUAAAAUGAUCUCAUUUAAUGUAAACACACUCUAAAACAGUAAAAAAAAAAAAAAAAACAAAGAGCACAUAGCUUAUGGAAUUUAAUGUAUGAGUGAAUCAUGCAAAAACAACAAUACUUUUACAUUUUAUUAAUUUUAAUCAAUGCUAGCUAGUACAGACACUAGGAAUACAACAUAAGAAUUCAGAAAUGUUCAGUGAUAAAUGAAAAUCAAAUUCAAACACUUUCAGUCUAUCUAUCUAUGCAUACAGUACAUAUAGUAGUGUUUGUUCACAGAAAAAGCCACUUGAAUUAGUUACUCUGUCUUCUCAAACACAAUCACCAAAAUAGCACCAAGAUCCUAUACAGAUUCCUGUCACAGCUCAAGAAAUUGUCUUUAUUGUUAUGUAUAAAAUAUAUAUUAUACUGAAAAGUUAAGUAAGCUAACCAAAUAUUAAAAAAUACAAAAAGUGUCUUUACUAAAUAUUUAUUUUUACCACAGUGCUUUAUGUUAACUCAUAUAUACAAAAUGUGUAUAGUCUACAGAAGAUUACCUAGAACAUAAGAAAUCCCUUUAUUUUGGCUAAAAUGCAAAAUUUACAAAUUUUUAACAGCAUUUAAAGAUAUGUAUAAGAUGUAAAAUGUAUGUAUAACAAAGCCUGUCUUUGUGUUUUGAUUGUGUUUCCAUAUUAUUCUUCUUAAUUUAGUGAAGUGCAAAAAGACCUGUUAAGGGGGUUACAGAAGAUGCAUAAAUGUGUUCACUUUGAAAAGAGGCCAUGUGGUGGGGGGAUAGGUGAAUAUCUGCAUUGUAAUCCUUGCUUGCAAAGGUAAACUGUGUAUGGUUAGCAACACUUGGCAUAAUAAAAAGCAUUUUGAAACAAGUUAGCUUCUGCUAACUUGUUUUUGUGACGGGAGGUCUCAUGCACUAGAUUUUUCUCUUUUUUUUUCCUUACACAGGUAUCGUUUUUAUGUGUGUUUUUGUCUACUAAAAAUGCAAAAGUUCUAUUUUUGACAGAGAUUGUUCUGUAUUUAUUAUUCAUAAAAACAGCCCUAUUAACAAUAACUAAUAAGUAACAGUGCCAGUUGAAUUAAAAAAUAUGCCAAAGAGCAGCAUACUUAGAAAAGUUUGAUGCCAAAUUUUUGAUUUUGUUUCUCAUUAAAUGUUUUGAAAAUGGUGACCCGGUCUUAGAAAGUCCUGUAUCAUUCUCAGAUUGUAUAACUGAAUUUUUAAGGCUUGUGAAAUGUGAGCUGUAGGCUGAAUUAAGUACAGUGUUUAAUCAGCCAAGGCAACAAUAGUAGUAAUAAUUGAACUAAUUCUUCUUCUUCUUCUUCUCCAACAUACCAUAAAGUCUGAAUUUACUAAAAUUUGCACUGGGAUAGAUACUUUACACAGCAUUUACAGUACCUCAAACUAUACCUCCUCAAAAAGUGGAAUGUUUUUAUUGAUAAAACCUUAGAAUGACUUAUUAGCCUUACAUUUACUGUAUUUUCAAAAUACAGAGUGAACUCAAAUUAGAAUGCCCAAAAUUUGUCAACUGAAAUACACACUUGUGCUAUUAAAAUGAAUGUGUGUAUACAUAAAUUAAAACUCCCAUUUUUUUUAUUUCUUUUUUUUUUAAAUCUCAGCACAAUUUUUCAUUUCCGGACUGACUAACUGGCAUCGCCUUAAUUUUUUCAAUCACAAGAAAUGAUUUUUUUUUUCCAGUUUGCACCGCAACCAAAAGCAACAUCAGGUACGUUUUGUGUACCAAGAUUCCAGUAAGGGACAAUGCUAAACAAAUGAGUGAGUCAGUUUUUUAAAUGGAAAUGUUAUGUUGGGAAAAUGUAACUUUUUACUAGCAUACAGUAUGUAAUAGUAAAUAAUGUAAUAAACAAGGAAAAAUGUAAAACUUGGCUAGAGUUCAUAAAAAUGUAAAGAGUUGUACAUUUACCAGAAAAAAAGAUAUAUAUAGAUAUAUAUAUAUACAGUAUAAACACAAACUGAUGCCCUGCCAUUAGGACACAACACUGUAAGUUCAUACUGCUGUCUUUUCUGCAUGACAUAUUGAUGCACUUUAGAAUAGAGUUGAGUUUCUUAACCUUUAUAGAACUUUGCUUUGCUCUCAUCUUCUGUAGCUAGCUGGUGAGGUGACCUAUUGUUUUUACUAUAUAUUCUGGAAAAACAUGGAAAAAUACAUUUAAAAAGAGACAUAAUUUGUAUAGCUGGGCAGCCUGCAGUGGCAUGACUGUUACAUAGUGAUAUAAGGUCUUAUUGCUGAACACAAGUCUAUUAGGUGGUAGUGCCUUCGUACUGAGGUGUAUUUUUAUAUCGUAUACUUCUGAAAAGAGCCUCUGUGUAAGUUUUCUAAAUUGCAUUGAAUAUUAUCUUUUCCUACUUAAUGUAUAUACUUCUAGUUUGAUUGAGACAAUGCAUACAGUAAUAUCAUGACUUUCUUACUCUUAAAACCAACACAAAAUAUCUCCAAAAGACUUGGCAGGCUUGUGAAAAAUUAUCUUUGUCCUCAAAUGCCACAGUUCACUUGAUUCAGUAUAAUUUGUCACUCCUUAGGCACAUGGACUUUAAGUUCUUGUAUGUUAACCGUGCCACCUAGUGAUGGGGUGUACGGCUCCUCACUGCUGAUUAUCAGCUUGACAGUUCAAGAGGACAUUCACAAAUGUAACAAGACAAAACCUUUGAGGAAGUCAGGUGGAUUAGUAAUUUUUUUUUCCCAAAAAGUAGAAACAUUAUUUCAUAAGAUAAUUUUAAAGUGAAAUUAUGAUCACUUCAGUUAUUAAGCAAAAAGAUAUUUCUGGUUGUUUUUGAAAAACAAUCAAGAAUGCUGUAACUUUAGCUGAUACUUAAAAUUUUUUAGAAAGGUUUAGCACAUUAAUGACUUGCCAAGUUUUUUUUGUUUGUUUAAAAAGGCAUCUUCUAAAAUAUGAUUUCUUUUUGUAUACUCCAGUUCUCAACACAUAUAUACCCUAAACCAUGAAACACUGAAAAGUUUGCCCUUGUUUUCUAAGAAAUAUCUGAUAUUUCUGACCUGAUUUGAACAAGAUGACUUGUAACAUACUCAUUGUAAUGUCAUCUUUAACAUCAACAACCCUAACCCUAAUUUUAUUUUGUUAUGUUGUAGUCAAAGUUAGCCUUGCCAUUGAGCCAGGCUAGCUGGAGAGGAAGCUGGCCUGGCACUUUGCUAAAAGCCUACGCUAAAGUCAGUGAGAUGGAUUUCCCAAUUCACCCACACCAUAUCACUUGAUACUUGUAAUUGACCCUUUUACUUAAAUGCAACAGAAGGAGAAAAUCAGGAAGAUUGUAAGGCAGGUUAUAUUUUUGAUAUUAUACCAUUGCUUUAAAUUAUAAAACCUAAGUAGUUCUUAAGGUGUAGUGUUACAGUUCACACAUUUUUUUCUUAUAAUGUAAAUUAACACUUCAGAAGACGUUUGAGAUAAAAGUGUUUAGCCUUUCAAGUAAUUUUAGGGAAACCAGAGCUCUGUAAAAUUUUUGAAAAUUUGCAAAGUUACAUUUACAAUAAAUGCUAAUUGAAUAUUUUCUUAGGAGAACAUUCAGCAUAUAAAUAAAAGUGGUAUUGUUGGUUUGAUAAUGUUCAUGUAAUGUAAUUCCACACAACAUAUUUCAAUUUCAGUAUAUUAGUACUGCACCUAUACUUAAAUUUUGGUAAAAAAACUCAUACAUAUAGUUGAAAAUGACAGCUAAUUACGAAAAGACAAUACGAUUUUAAAAUUGUAGGUUUGUCCCAGCCCUGGCACUUACAGACCAUAUUCACGAAACACACUUAGUAUUUAAUUUUUUGGUAUCAUUUUAACAUAAUUUUAACAUAACAUGAAAAAAACAUUUUAUCAACUUUAAAUCAAUUUUAGUAAAUUAAACAAUCAUUCUUCUCAAUAGUAUUUCAAGUAUGCGUAAUAUAAAAGCUGUAUAGGCAGUCUAAGCUAAACUGUGCAACAGUCCAUCUACGCCACUAAUAAUCGUCAUUAGAAUAAAUUCCAUUAUUAAUAAAAGAAUUGCCUGCAAUCCAUUGGAAAAUUUCACAACAGGAAUGUCAAGUGUUGCCAUCCCAUAAAAACAAUGCUGCCUUGCCAAAGGAUUUAUUUUCCUUACGAUUGUUUUUCCCUAUUGUAGACAUUUUCUUUACUCUAAACUUGCUGCAUUUUAAAAUUAAUAUUAUACUGAGUUAAUAAAAUCAUUAUACACAAAAAUAUCUAUUUUUUCACACAAUCCUUUAGCUCUGUGUGGAGUGGGAGCUAGAGUCCAUGCUUAUUUAUUUCUGUUGCCAGCUCAAAUACUCUCCUCUUUCUCCGCGUCCCUCAGCCCUCCUGCUGCUCCUCUAAAAUACCCGUUGGUGUACGUUUUUGAAUGUUCUGUUAUGGCUGUACAGAGGUCUUGUGGAUUUUUUCUUUGUCUUGUAAUGUAUGGCUUUGUUCUUUUUUGAAAAGCAAAACAUGGUUUUAAGAAGCAAUACAAAUCAAUUAUAUUAAAGAACAAUAUAUCAUUGCUUGAAA